AUGAGUAUAACAAGUGAAACACCAAAUUUAGAAGAAGAUAUUACUUUAAAAUUACAAUUAGUUUCCUUUCUAGUUGAUGGUGUUUUAUUCGAAUUAAGUGAAGAACUUAUUCAAAAACGAGCAUCAAAUUCAAUACUAGCACGUGAAGAUCGUCGUGCACAAUUCUAUGACGUUGAUAAAAAUGCUUAUGUAUUUGAUCAACCAGCUGAUGCAUUUGAAGUUCUUGUUUAUUUUAUAUCCACUGGCCUUUUAUCACGACCAACUAAUAUAAAUAAUUUAAAAUUAUAUUCAUUAUUGUCUUUUUUUGAGAUGGAUGAAACAAUUAUGAAUACUUUUAAAAAAAUGGAACAUCUUGUGUUUGAAAUCAAUUGGGAAAAAACACAAUGGUUUGUGAAAUUUGCAACAAAUUUUCUUUUUAAAUUAAAUACUAAAGUUAACAAACAUAUAAUAACAAAAAAAUUUUACAAACAAAUAACAGUAUUAUUACUGAAAAUCGAGAUGACUGUCUACUAG